AUGCAUCUCCCUCACCGCCGCGUUGGCUUCCCCCAUUAUCCCGCCCUCUCCCGACAGUUCAGCCAAUCUUCCGCCCUCAAGUCAUCGACUCCCGUCAGCCGCCCGCCGCCCCGCCCUCGUGCCAGCAACCGUUCCAAGCUCCCGCUCCUUCCCCUAGUCGCCAUCUUCAUACUCGGCAGCGGCUCCUUUUACUAUCUCGCCAAGAGUAGAGUCGGUCAGACGCAUCAGACUUAUACCGCCGGCGACCCUGCUCCUCCCAAAAAGGAAGACUGGCCAGGCCGACGAAGGGCUCCAACUGAGCAGUAA